AUCCUUAGAAAGGAGACGUGGGAUUUGGGAAUACAUGGUAACCGAGCAGAGGAAAAGCGUGUGGUGUCUUCUUCUCCGGUGGAUCCUCAGGCCUGUAAUUUGGGAUUAGCCACUCAUGAAUCAAAAUCAAUCCAUUAAAUCAAAAUACCUUUCUCACUGUUAACUCAUCAACAAUACCUAAUUUUUUUGGUUCUUUUUUUCACACUUACACAUAUUGGCUUUCUCUUCCUCGUACAUAUAAAAGGAAGAAGCAAAGCAUCUUUUUCUUUUUUUCAGUAUUCACGCCUCUGCCCGCUUAAUUUUACUUCUCAACUCUCUCUAUUCCUCGAGCCAUAGUUGGCGACCCACCAUGGCACCAGAUACUACUGCCUUAAGUUAUUGGUUGAAUUGGAGGUUCUUCCUCUGUGCACUAUUUAUUUUAUUAACUAUGGGCCUAGCGUCAUUUUUGAUAUGGAAGUAUGAAGAAUUCAAUAAAUCAAGGAAUGAGAGAAGAGAAAGGCAGCGAGAAACGGCUGGAUCGCUUUAUGAGUAUGAAGCAUGGAAUACAUGUCUUAAAGGAAUUCAUCCUGCUUGGCUGCUUGCUUACAGGAUAAUUUCUUUUCUUGUGCUUUUUUCUUUGCUGACUGCCAAUGUGGUUGCUGAUGGAGGUGGCAUAUUUUAUUUCUACACUCAGUGGACAUUUACUUUGGUCACUAUUUACUUUGGGCUUGGGUCUUGUGUCUCCAUAUAUGGGUGUCGCUAUAAACACAAUAAAAUUGAUUGCACCACUGUUAAUCGUGCUGAUUUAGAUACUGAAGAAGGCACUUAUGUGGCUCCUACACUUGAUGGGACUCCAGAAUUACCUAACCUGUACAAGAAUUCCAAUGCCAAUCAGGAGCCAUUCACUCGGAAUACUGCUGGUGUAUGGGGUUAUAUUUUUCAAAUAACUUUUCAGACUUGUGCAGGUGCUGUAGUGCUCACUGACGUUGUAUUCUGGCUUGUCCUUUAUCCAACAUAUCUGAACACCAAAGAUUUCCAUCUGCAUUUUAUGGAUGUUUGUUUGCACUCCCUUAACGCUGUAUUCCUCCUCGGUGAUGCAUCAUUGAAUUGCAUGAGGUUUCCAGUGUUUCGAUUUGCAUAUUUUAUUUUGUGGACGGCUUUAUUUGUGAUUUUUCAGUGGAUCAUUCAUGCUUGUGUUUCAUUAUGGUGGCCUUAUCCUUUCCUUGACUUGUCAUCCCCAUACGCCCCCUUAUGGUACUUUGGUGUGGGUGUAAUGCACAUUCCAUGCUAUGGCUUCUUUGCUUUGAUAAUGAAGCUGAAGCACUUGUGGUUGUCAAAAUUGUUUCCUGGCUCUUGUCAUUUUGUACGGUGAUAAUACAUUGAAGAUUAGUCAUCGGAGUAAGGCUACCUUCAUCGUGGCUAAAGCAGAUUUUAAAUUUUAAGAUCAAAUUUGUAACCCCACCCCUCCCCUCCCCCCAAAGUUUUUAGAGGACUAUCAUUUUUGUGCGGAGGUAAUUGUGGGGAUGUGUAUUAGUAUUUGCUACUUAAGAUGGAAUUGAUAAAAGUUCACUGGUCUAACCAUGUAUAUGAUAUCUUCCAUAAUAUCCCCAUACAUUGAUUAAUUCAUCCUAUGUAGAAUCAAAUAUAUGUUUCAAAAUGUAUUAUUUUAUUUUCUACUA